AUGACCAAGCACGACCACGAUGAGCCACCUCGCCAGGCUCUACGCGACUCUGCCACGAGAAAACGAUAUCAGGACCCAUUAGUCGUGUUCGCUGUAGUUCUCAUCGCUUUCCUGGGCUUCUACCGCAUCUACAGCCCUUCCGCUACCAUAAGCUCCCCAUCACCUCACGGCAAUGACGUCGAUAUUCAGGUCGUCGAGACUUACAAUGAAGACGAACUUCAGGAGGUUGCUGCCUUGAUGGACGAAAUCUACACCAUGCUAGCAAAUGCCUCGUUCAUUCCGCAUGACUCUAUCAAGCGUGGCCUACACCAUAUCAAUUCUACAGCCAGUCCCUGCAGGCGCGAUGCAGCCGACCUGCGCUUAAUGGACAUCCUCCCAUAUGUAGACGCCCCACUACUCGACGAUGACCAUUGGUUAUGGGGUGGCACUUUUUUCGAUUCCCGGGUAGAUAAAUUCUUGGGCUACGGCUGCGAUCCUGACGAAGCAGACAAAGACCCCUCGUUCCUCAUGCGGCCAGGGACGGUCCACUUAACCAAUGGCGGCUGGGAUGGCUGGGAUCUCUACAGAAGUUGGCAACUCCAAUAUGACACUAGGAAGAAUGCAAUUAGGGUCUAUGAAGGAGAAGAGAGGAGUGAUUACCAGCCACAAGUCAAUGGGUGCUUGGUUCAAUUCCGAGACCCAUACCAGAGCGAACAGUACAGAUCUGGUCACAGAUGGGAAGAUACCCCUGUCAUUGAAGCGAUUAACUCAACGGGAAUUCUCUCGGUGAACAGGCACAGCCGUGAUUGGACGAGAUGGACCGAUGCGCCAACCUUCUUGAGGAGGAUCAGAGACGCAUAUCGGAGCACAGCAUGGACACCAUGGGUGGCCGCGAACCCCGCUGACCGACCCGCUGAUCCGCGCGUCCUUCCGUCGUCCCACAACAUCACAUCAUCGCUUCUGAUCAAGAACGGUUGGCCCGCAAAGCUUGACAUCGAUCAGUUUCGGGCUGACUUCAUCCGGGCGCAGCACAAGCCGUCAGGACGAGGCUGGGCCGAAGGUGCUUUCCAACAGAUCAGAACUUACCAGGAUGAUCCAGAUGAUCCAGCCAACAUCUACUAUACCAAGAGGCUUCUACAACGAUAUCAGGAUCAUGAGCUUGACGAGGAGAUCGAAUAUUCCACUGGAGAAUUGAACAGGAUGAGAAUGGAGGCGGAAAGAGCAAAGAAUAGAAUCCAUCAACACGACAAGGAUUACGAAGAAGCGAAACGGCAAAUACAGCAGUUGUGUCCAGACGGCAUCUGUGUCGAGGAAGAGGAUCUCAUUCUUUGGGAGUUCAGAGCACUAGAACAGACAUAUGCAGAGGCACAGCUCAAACCCGACACUAAGACACUGUGCGAACGCCGCCCUUGGAGACUGGACGAAAGGUUUUAUGACAGACAUUUGUCGUCAGAUCAGCACGCGAGUUGUGUCACCCGACUCAACUUGGAGAGACACUGGUUGGAGUUGGCAUACCAACAAUCCCGCGCCGAUGCCCUCGCUCAUUGCGCUCGAAGCAACAAGGAUCUCCUCCCCCAUGCCUCCUAG